UGGAAGUGCCCAAGCUGAGCUGUGAAAGACCCACAUCGAUGAAAGCAAAACCAAGCCACCCAGCCACCAGCAUGUCCACUUCUCUUCGAGUAAGCCCGUCCAUCCACGGCUACCACUUCGACACAGCUGCUCGCAAGAAAGCUGUGGGUAACAUCUUUGAAAACAUAGACCAGGAGUCCCUGCAGAGGCUCUUCAGGAACUCGGGAGACAAGAAGGCAGAGGAGCGGGCCAAGAUCAUUUUCGCCAUCGACCAAGAUUUGGAGGAGAAAACUCGAGCCCUCAUGGCCCUGAAGAAGAGGACAAAAGACAAGCUUCUCCAGUUCCUCAAACUGCGGAAAUACUCCAUCAAGGUACACUGAGCACAGCAGGAUGGCUAAGGAGCUUAUCCACCAAUGAACCUUUAAAGACCCAGUGAGCCUGCCAGUCUUGGCAGGGGCAGUGUCCCGCACAAAGGCUUGAGAGCUUCUCCCGACAGGACUCCGAGGAUGGAAGGGACAUACCUCACCAGCUACACAGACUCCCAACUCCUUACAGCCCUGAGCUGUCCCACUGGGAGCAAAGUGCCUUCAGCAGGUGUUGAGAACUCUCGCAGCAGGAAAGGAGCAACACAGCCUGAGAGAAUGGAGGCACGGACCAGAACUUGCAGAACAUGGCAUUUGUGGGGACUGAGUGCACGCAUCCAGGGUCCUGGGAAAGGCCCUAAAACUAAACUCAAACCUAACUUGGUUUUUGUUCUUGUUGUUUGGUUUGUUAUUUUGUUUUCUUUCUUUUUGAAAAAUAUCGAAGUGGGUAAGGAGAGGGAGGAAAGAGAAGGAAUAUGAACCGUAAAUGGUUUACUGAAGUUUUGCUUUUUUGUUUUUUAACCCGAAUGUCUUAAAAUGUGGCUAAACCUCCGUGCUGUUUAUGGGGUCAAGAUUUUUACAGAUCAGUAAUUGACUGCUUGCAUUUCAUACAAUGCCUAAGACAGUGCGCCCCCUGGUGUUAAAGUCAAAGAACUGGAUGCCUUGCCCAGCAUGGUGGUCGUCUAUGGAUUUGUACACAUUCCAAAAUGGUUUGCCCAAAGUUGAAAGAAUGGGGCCCUUCAUAAAUCUGAAGGACUGUGAACGAUUUUCUAAUGUUUUUUUAAACUUUCUGGCUAAUGCUAAAAUAUAAUCUAAUUAAAUGUCCUACAGACACCGUAGCGAGCAUUAGGAUAUGAAUAUGAGAGAUUGUUUAGAAGGAUGCUGUGGUAUUUUUUAUAUAAUUUAUUAUACAUUGUAAGUGAUACAUAGCCUAAUAAAUUAUUAUCAACUUA